UCACUCUCUCACUCGUCCUACAUGAGCCACACACAACAGUGCGCCUGACUCUUAACUCCACACUAGCCACUCUGCUACACAGACAGACCCAAGAAUCACACUCUGCUCUCCUCUGUUGCGCUGCUUUUGCUUCUCUCCAUUGGAUAUUCCUCCUCGGGUGUUUUUUAUUUAUUUAUUUUUGUGAAUGGGCAUCCGUGGCCGGUGUAAGGAGCUUGUGAAUGGGCUGACUUUGCAUGGCUGACUGAUUGACAGACUGGCAAAGAGAGAGGCAGCUGUGUUUCAAUUAGAAAGGGCAAUGCUGAGAGGUCAAGCGAGGAGCAACAGAGCCUCUUAGUAGUCUGGAAAUACAAAGACACGUGAGGGGAAUCAAGAAACUGAAGGCACGAUAAGCAUCAGAAACAGAGAAAGGAGAAUGGUUCAUCACAGAGAAGAGGACCUGAUCGGGAUCCCCUUCCCAAAUCACAGCAGUGAUGUCCUCUGCAGCCUCAAUGAACAGCGUCGUGACGGGCUGCUCUGCGAUGUCAUCCUCAUCGUCCGCGACCAGGAGUACCGCACCCACCGCUCCGUUCUGGCAGCCUGCAGCCAGUACUUUAAGAAGCUCUUCACAGUGGCGACCGGUGAUGGUGGGGAUCAUCACCAUGCGGCGGCUGUGUACGAAAUCGACUUUGUGGCUCCAGAGUCUCUCACGGCCAUCCUGGAGUUCGCCUACACCUCAACUCUGACUGUGACGGCGUCCAACGUUAAAGAGAUCCUGAACGCAGCUCAGAUGCUGGAGAUUCCCUGUAUCAUCAACGUUUGCCUGGAGAUAAUGGACAGCGGGGGUGGAGGCGGCGGAGGCGGAGAAGGGAGAGGGGAGGAGGGAGAAGAGGAAGAAGAGGAUGCAGAGGAAGAUGAGGAGGAGGAAGAGGAGGAGGAGGAUGAGGAGGAGGACGAGGGGUCGAGGAAGGAUGAGCAGGACGACGAGGAGGACAAUGUCAGCGAGAGGUCGCUGCAGUCAUCAGAGAGCAGGGGGGUGCAGACGCCUCCUGGGACGGAGGACUCGCCACCUCCCAGCACCUCCACGUACCACCAGCAGUUUGACCUGCACAGAGAGUCGUCACAGUCACAGUCUCCUGACACCAUGAGAGGAAAACAGGAGAGUAUGGAGAGUCGGGCUUUGAAGGAUUUCUCCAUUGAGUCUCUCCUCCAGGAGGGGCUCUACCCCCGCAUGUCAACACUGGACAGGAGGGCCAAUUUCUCUCCUCUCCUCCCCGGCUUCUACCCCUCCAUGUGGGCCGCCGACUUCCCGUCCUUCCCCAAGCAGCUCCUGGACCCCAGCCACCACCAGCAUCCCCACGCAGCAGCCUCACCACAAACCAGGCUCCCCCAUGGCUUCCCCAGCUCUGCACCGCUCGAGGCCUCCAGGCCCCUCGACCUAGCUGUGAAAAGAGAGAUCAUAAAGGAGGAGAUGAAAGAGGAAAUCCCGCUCAGUCUGCUCCACGGCAACUUCCUGAAGGAGUUUGUCAACUCGGGCCUCAGCAGCACCAUGAACACUGGGUCAGUGCCGUCAGAAGGUCACGCUCUGGGUCCGAUAAAAGAUGAAGCCGACUUCCGGUCGUACCUGAGCUUCCUAAGCUCUGCGUCCCACCUGGGGGCGCUGUUUCCUCCCUGGCAGCUGGAGGAGGAGAGGAAGAUGAAGCCCAAAGCGUCGCAGCAGUGUCCAAUCUGCAACAAGGUCAUCCAAGGAGCUGGGAAACUGCCACGACACAUGAGGACACACACGGGGGAGAAACCAUACAUGUGCACUAUCUGUGAAGUCCGAUUCACCAGACAAGACAAACUCAAGAUACACAUGAGGAAGCACACAGGUGAGCGCCCCUACAUCUGUCUCCACUGCAACUCCAAGUUCGUCCACAACUAUGACCUGAAGAACCACCUGCGUAUCCACACGGGCGUCCGUCCCUACCAGUGCGAGCACUGCUACAAAAGUUUCACACGGUCUGACCACCUACAUCGACACAUCAAGAGGCAGAGCUGCCGCAUCUCCCGCCCUCGGCGAGGACGGAAGCCAGCUGCUUGGCGGUCCACACCAGCCAGCAACUUCCUGUGCCCCCCUACUGCUGCCGCUAACCGGUUUGAGGAGAACGGGUUAAGCCCUGCAUACCAGGGAGUCAAGAGUCACGGACUUGGAGAGAUGCUCGGCAACAGGGGUCUAGGAUUUAAGAGCGGGGACGGUGCGGGAAGGGAGAGCAGGGAGGAACGGCGAGCAGAGGGGAAGCAUGUCGCAGAGGAGGAGAAGGUGGGAGCAGGGAGGCAGAGGGGAGUGUUUGCCUUUGCUCUGGCUGGAGAAGAAGUGCUUACCCACUCUCCAUUUUAUGCUGCGACCUCUGACCCCUGGACCAUGAGACUGGAGCGUGCUCCACCCAUCCCUGAGCCAGCCAAAUGAACCGUGGUCUGUAGAAGUAAAAUUAAAAAAAAGGACAAGGAAGAAAGUCUCUUUAAUCUCUGUGUCUGUUCUGCUCCAGGAAGCUAAAGCACCUUUUUAAAAAGUGAAAGCGAGAUCAAUGAACCUUUUGAAGCCUGCUGAUGUGGCAGUACUAAAAACAGACUCUCUUUUUUUUUUGGGGGGGGGGGGGGCAGUCUAAUUAAAUAAUUUCACAGAUGUCAUGUUGAAUAAUUGUUUACAAAUAUUUUGAUAGCAUUUAAAAAGAGGCAAACAGUUUGACACUGCUAAUGAGGAAACAUAUCGGAAUGCUGUUAUAUAUAUUAUUUGCAUUAUUUAUCUACAAGGUUGUCUAAAAUGCUUUUAAUUCAAAAACUACAUCAUUUUACAAUGUCCUCUGAAACAAGAUGAGAUGAGGCUUUUAUACUGAAUUCAUAUGCAAGAAGAAAAUAUAAAUCUAUCAAUCAGAGCAGGACCUAUUGUAAAGUUACAAUGUUGAAUUAGUGACUAUGAUGAAUGUAAAACAAAUGAUUACAUGAACAAAAUAAUCAAAACUGUAUUGUAGAAAAGGGUUAUUAUUACAUUUCUCAAGUGGAGUAUACAUGAAUCAAUAAAAUUUAAAUGAAUGCAUAAAUAAGCCUCCGUCCAGACAAAUCACAGUUUUAUUUUGUAUAGUUGUGUUUAAGUGUUAAAAAAGGACCACUGCUUUUAAAACAAACAUUAAAAAUUGUUCAUCACAGCAGGGCGUAGUCUGGCACAUGUCCUGUAAGUACGUUUGACCCUGACAUGAUGAUUUAAUGAUAUUCCAAAACAAAGGGAACCCACUUGAAGUCUAAUAAAUCAGGACAUUUGAUAAUGUGUUAUUAUCCUUUCACUGCCUUGUUCUGAUUUAAGCUCCUCGUCUGCACUAUUGUACAUAGACACAAACUUUUUGGCCAUGGUGGUGUUAAUUACGGUUGCGUUGCUGUAAAAAAUAUAUAUAUAUAUAUAAAUACAUACAUAUAUAUAUUGAUCUUAAAAGGCAUCCAUCCAAAGAUGUGUACUUUGAUAUUUCACAGACUUGAAUAAGACUUUGUUUUAAUGUUUAUGAAUAUGUGUCUUCAGAGGAUGUAUAUUUCUGACUAAUCAAACUGCCGCUUUAGCAAAACAGUAUGCUUGUGUUUUCUCUGCUGCAACAAAUCAUGAGGGUUUCAGCCCCGUUUUUCAUAUAAUGUUCAUCUCUGAUUUGUGUACAAAGAAGUUCAAAAAUGAUUUGAAUUGAAAUGGGAAAGUAUUUUCUUGCUAUUUAUGCAUAUUUAAAUGAAUGAGCCUUGGCUAUAUUUUGCAAAUCUGUUUUAU